AUGCCUUCUUCCAUCAACGCGUCUCCGGCCGUCUUUCAAGGGGCAAGGCCCGCGGUGAGCAAGCCAUCACCAGCGCUGCCAGAUAUCAUUGAUAUUCGUGGUGAGCAUGUCGAGAUCAACUUGAAAGAUCAGAUCAUCUCCCAGUUCAACCCCGAAGAUGGGCCCCGCAAGCUUCCCACGCUCCUCUUAUACAGCGAGAGGGGGCUACAGCUCUUUGAGGAUAUCACGUAUCUGGAUGAGUAUUACUUGACCAACUAUGAGAUUGAGGUGUUGAAGCGGUCAUCCGCCGAGAUUGCGAGGCAGAUCCCUGAGGGCUCCAUGGUGAUCGAGCUAGGAAGCGGGAACCUACGCAAGGUUUGUUUGCUUCUGCAAGCAUUCGAGGACCUCGCAAAACCCAUUCAGUACUUCGCAUUGGAUCUUUCUCGCAAAGAGCUCGAGCGUACCCUCGCACAAGUCCCCGACUUCAAGUAUGUGUCGUGUCACGGCCUGCUGGGCACAUAUGACGACGGACGGGAAUGGCUCAAGCAUCCCUCCCUCACCGGGCGCUCCAAGUGUAUUCUUCAUCUGGGAUCCAGUAUUGGCAAUUUCUCCAGAGAUGAAGCAGCGUCUUUCUUGGGAGGGUUUGCGGACGUUCUCCGACCUUCAGAUUCCAUGAUUGUAGGUGUCGAUGCCUGCAAUAAUCCAGCCAAGGUCUACCAUGCGUACAACGACUCCAAGGGGCUGACCCAUCAAUUCAUCCUCAACGGCCUUUCCCAUGCCAACGAACUUCUUUCUGAGGAAGCCUUCAAGGUAGACGAGUGGAGGGUCAUCGGCGAGUACGUGUACGAUGAUGAAGGCGGCCGCCAUCAAGCCUUUGUUGCACCCACUCGCCCGACCGAUGUCCUCGGAUCAAGAGUCAUGCCGCAUGAGCGAAUUGAGAUUGAGCAGAGCCUGAAGUAUUCAGACGAGGAAACGAGGACGCUCUGGGCCCAGUCAGGCCUGACCGAGAUGGGUCGUUGGAGCCGGGGAGACGAGUAUGGCCUCCACAUGUUGCAAAAGUCCGCCAUGCCCUUCAGCUUGAUCCCGUCACUCUACGCCGCUGAGCCGCUUCCCGCAGUCCAAGACUGGGAGGCAUUGUGGAAGGCAUGGGACGUAGUGACCCAGGGGAUGCUCCCUCAUGAGGAGCUCAACGAGAAGCCCAUCAAGCUUCGAAAUGCUUGCAUCUUUUACCUCGGCCACAUUCCGACCUUUCUUGACAUUCAGUUGACUAAGACUACUGGCCAAGCCCCAACUGAUCCCGCCUACUACUAUUCCAUCUUUGAGCGCGGAAUUGACCCCGAUGUGGACAACCCCGAGCUAUGUCAUACGCACUCUGAGAUCCCUGAGGAAUGGCCUCCAGUUGAAGAGAUCACAGAGUAUCAGGGAAGAGUGCGAUCCCGAGUGAAGGCCCAGUAUAGAGAUGGUGCAAACAAGAUCCCCAGGCACAUUGCGAGGGCCAUCUGGGUCGGAUUCGAACAUGAGCUGAUGCACAUCGAGACGUUGCUCUACAUGAUGCUACAGAGCGACAAGACACUACCGCCGCCUCAUACAGCACAGCCUAACUUUGAGAAGAUGGCCAAGCAGGCGUACGAGGCGAGAGUGCCGAACCAAUGGUUCAAUGUCCCUGAGCAAACCAUCACCUUGGGUAUGGAUGAUCCUGAGGAUUGUACCGAUACUUCUGGUCAUUUUGGCUGGGAUAAUGAGAAGCCAGCUCGGCAAACAAAGGUCCACGCCUUUCAGGCUCAGGGGCGGCCCAUCACUAACGAAGAGUACGCUCAAUAUCUAUACAGCACCAAGAUCAACAGCGUACCCGCAUCGUGGUCUUGGGAUCCAUCCAAGACAGUGAACGGGAGUGUCAAUGGCGGUUAUACCAACGGCCACUCGAACGGCCAUAGCAAUGGUCAUACCAAUGGUCACUCCAAUGGUCAUUCCAACGGCCAUUCUAAUGGGCACGCCAACGGACACUCGAAUGGACAUGCCAAUAGGAACGGCCAGGUUAGCAACCAAGUCCCCGACUCGUUUCUUCAGGGCAAGUAUGUCCGAACCGUGUAUGGGCUCGUUCCCCUCAAGUACGCUCUAGACUGGCCUGUCUUUGCUUCGUAUGAUGAGCUUUCUGGCUGCGCCUCAUGGAUGGGUGGCAGGAUUCCCACCUUCGAGGAGGCUAAGAGCAUCUAUGCGUACGUCAACAAGCAGAAGAAGGCUGAUGCGGAACGGAUCCUUUCAAAGACGGUGCCAGCAGUUAAUGGUCACCUUGUCAAUGAUGGUGUCGAAGAGACACCGCCUUCCCAAUCUUCCGAAUCGGCCAAGGACAGCUCUUCGGAGCUGUUCCUUGACCUGACCGACGCCAACGUCGGUUUCCGGCACUGGCACCCCAUGCCAGUGACAUCCCAGGGCAACAAGCUUGCGGGUCAGUCUGAGAUGGGUGGUGUAUGGGAGUGGACAAGCUCGAAUCUAGAGCGAUACGAGGGCUUCGAGCCCAUGUCGCUAUAUCCCCUAUACACAACCGACUUCUUUGACGGCAAGCACAACAUUGUUCUGGGCGGUUCAUGGGCUACGCACCCACGCAUUGCGGGACGGGCGAGCUUUGUAAACUGGUAUCAGAGGAACUACCCUUAUGCGUGGGUUGGAGCCAGGCUUGUUCGGGAUAUCUAA